GCGGAUAAAAAAAUAAUCAAGUCCAUUGUCAUUGUUUCGGUAUGCAUGUAACGUGAAGGAAAGUGUGAGUUUGAAGGGGUGACAUAUGAACAAUAGCCGGACGCCAAAAGCGACGAGCUUGAUUUCAAUACUUGAAACGCACCAAUGAGGAACCUCGUGAGGAUGUGGGGUCGUAAGCCCCUUCGAUCUGGCGUCUCGUCCUCCUGGCGUUGCAGUGACUCAGUCGGCAGUCAGUAGUGUCUCCUCUUCUGACACAGAAGUACCUGCAACAUCCUCAUUGUUGCCACUUGCUUCAAGCACACGGUCGGCAUCUGAUGGAGGACUUCAGUUCCGUGUCCAUAGAAACCGCAGCAGUCAAUAACGUGUCCAGAUGAAAAGUGUGUUCUGUUCUAAGAAAGAAGCUACAUUAUUAUUGAUCUGUGUGUUGGACUUUAACUUCCGAAAAUAUCUUGGAGAGCUUUGUAGUGAUGAUGUAUAUCAUUGUAGCAUCCACGAUGAUGUAUCUGGUCUCCUCCCUGUCGGCUUACUCUACAGGACAUCUCAGGCUACUGGGCUCGAAGUGUAGCAAUGACCAGGAAUGUCUAGCCGACGUGACGUACAGCCGGUGCCAGGAAGGGCGAUGUUCUUGUCUGCCCUACUACGCAGAGUACAACACUACCAUGUGUGUUCAGUCUACGCUGCUCGGAUUUGAUUGUCUGGUGAAGGAGCAGUGUUCCAUGAAGGUAGCGAACAGCAUUUGUCUCCAUGGGUCCUGUCGCUGUGACUCAGGGUACCUGCAAUUUCGGAGACACACAUGUCUCAGCCCGGCCAGUCCAGGUGACGUGUGUUACAGCGACGCACAUUGCCGCCUUUGGGACAGCGAUACGCACUGCGACUUCCUGAUUCCCAACCUGUUCGGUCGCUGCCAGUGCAACCCUCCGAUGCAGCAACGUGGCAGAUCAUGUUUCCCGUCGACCAUUCCCACGGGAGACGGAAAUCCUUCGGCCUCUUCGGUAGACUCACCAAAUACAUCAUCAGUAUGGGGCUUAUCGCCAUCAGCAACAGAUUGGCACCCAUUAUCAACUUCAUCUUUGACUUCUUCUGGAAUCUCUACUCCACGGCCAACAGAACCUCCUGUACCCUCACGGACGUCUUCACAAAAUCCAUUAGCUUCUUCGUCAUUAAACAAUUUUCCGAUGGAUGAAUCUUCAUUGUCUACACAGGCCCCUGCCUCAGAUGAAACACAUUCGACUAUGUUUUCCAGAUUACCCCCGUUGACGCAAUACACAUCCGAAGAUCCAGCAGGAGAAACGACAUUCAUAACGACACCAUCGACAUUAGAAACAUCUUCUGAAGAUCAAAAUCAAUUAUCACAGUCUCUUCAAGAAACACAGACACCAAAACCAGAAAUGGCCACAAUAGAUACACAUUCAUUUAUCCCAUUGUCGAAUUUCUCAACGCCAUCUUCUGAGACAUUAAGCGAACUGCUUGUGUCAGUAGCGAUGACAACACAACAAUACGAGACACAGGAAGAUACGUCAGAAAUAUUAGCGUCUGAACAAUCAACGACAAUGACGAUUUUACAAGAGGACUCUCUACCUUCUGCAUCUGAAGUGACUUCCCCGUUACCGAUGGCAUCAACAGUUGUGUGGACGCGUGUACGCGGUGUGGGUGAAUCGGUGGCGGUCACACUGGGUCUGACCUGCGUUUCCGACCUGCAGUGCCAGAUCGCAGACCCCGGAUCGCGCUGCCUGGACGGUGUCUGUGAUUGCGUCAUCAAGAAUGACAGUUACUCCUGCGGAGUCGGUAACACAGGGUGUUACAAAGGAACCUUCCAGUGUCGGUCGACCGGCGUCUGCAUCAGUUGGUUCUUUGUGUGUGACGGACGACAAGACUGUCCGGACGGGUCGGACGAGGGGUGCCAGGACACAAAGUCCUGUCCCCCACAAGCGUUCCGAUGCGGGCAGAACGGAGGUUGCGUUUCUCGAGCGGGGAGGUGUGACGGCACGCCUGACUGUCCGGGCGCGGAGGACGAGCUCCACUGUAAUGCGACCCGGAGCGCCAAAGGGUGCCCGGAGCGCACGUACAGGUGUUUGGACGGAAGCUGCCUGCCCGAAUACGAGUUCUGCAACGCUAUGGUGAAGUGCAGAGAUGGCAGUGACGAACCCAGAGACGCGUGCAAGGCUCGAACCAACAGGAGGACCUCAGGAUAUUGUCCGUUCCGGUGUGCUAACGGGCGCUGCAGAUCGGAUGCCAUCGCCUGUUCCGGGCGUGACGGCUGUGGAGAUGGUUCUGACGAAGCCCACUGCUCAGUCUGCAGAUGCCCGGUUGUCCCCUCGGGAGGACGCAUUAGUCACCGCUGAUCGAUACCAGAUUUGGAUGUGACCCUACGUUCUUCCUACAACCAGUUGUGGAGCCAUAAAUCAGCUUCUGUCAAAAUCGAUUUGCAUUUCAAAAGAAGACAACGAUAUUUAUACAACAUGACGUCAUUAGAUUAAAUGUGAUGCAUUAGAAAUGUAUGUCCGUAUGUAUCCCCAGUGUUUAACAGCGUGAUAGUGAUUUGUAAAGAUGCUGAUAAUAAAACAAUGUUCAUUCCCUUUAAUCAUCA